AUGAGUUCCAACUCAUCAAUUCUAGGAUCAGGACAUGCCUACUCAUCCGAUAGAGACGAGGCAGAUUUCUUGAAACGUAGCCGUGCUCUACAAUGGCCGAGACUGGGCCUCUCAUUUCUGAUCCUCGCCGGGUCAGCUGCCCUGAUUGCGUGUGAAGCUGUGCCCUUGCACCACUACAAGACCACGUCACAAUGGGAAAGUACCGGGCUUGCUCUAUGGCCGCAGAACUUUGAUCUCCGACCAACUGUGGCAGGACUUUCAAUAGGCUGCGUCAUUGGAUUUCUGAAUUUGAUAUACGUUGUUGCAGCUCUACUUCCAUCGCCCCAUUCAAACAUCAAUUUGCUUAAUGCAUACGCAUCUGCCUCCGCUUUUGCUGGGCUCAUCGCAUCACUUGUCGGUAUCUUGUUCACCCUUUACUUGCCUUCUUCUACCUACCCAAUCGGUUUCACCGAGAACGAAACUCUCCACACUUGGACUUGCAAAUGGAAGAGUUCCUCUGAAGAUGUCUCAUCUCCUAUCUACUUUUCUCGUGACUGUAUUGAAAGCCGUGCGGGAUUCGCUCUGCUCUAUGUGCUCCUUGCUCUAGAGAUUCUCAUGGGCAUCACCGCGGCGGUUGGUACCUGGCUGCAAAGGGAUGUCUCACGUCGGCGAGAAGAACAGGCACAGUUGGAAAGACUGGAAAUUACCUCGAAGCAGGUAUAUCGAAACUGA